UUUCCUGGAGACCUACGGCGCCUGCGCUUGUUGGGCUGGUUAACCAUAUAUCGGGGACCGUCCCGGCACCGGCUUCACUUCUGGGCGGCAGCUGCAACUACACAGGAAGUAUUCUAACCAUCUGCUAUUUCUAUUGCAGGCUAUCAUCUGUCAGACUGCCUUCUGCAGCGAUGAGGUUCACCAAGACCGUGCAAGGCGUCCCUGUCACCUACUUCUUCCCCGAAGACGCCGUUCUUUCGGCUCUGUCUUACGAGCCGCGCCCAGGUGACAUUUUUGUCACCACAUAUCCAAAGUGUGGAACAACUUGGGUUCAGUACAUAGCGUAUGGCAUCUUUCACAAUGGUGUGCCACCGACAGAACUUUCGCAGUUCUUUGCUGCGUCACCUUUUCUAGAUCUUUUUGGUGUCGAUGCUGUGGAGACUAUGUCUAAGCCGGGCACCAUCAAGACUCACCUUCCUUUCGAAGAGAAAAAAUUUUCGCCCCGCUCUAAGUACAUAUACGUCGCCAGAAACCCUUACGAUGUUUGCGUCUCUGCCUACCAUCACGUCCAAACACAGACGGCCACCGAAGAUGAGCAUGUCGUCCCCAUCGACGAGCACGUCAAGCGCUUUGUAUCCGGCAGGAACAACUACGGAUGCUACUUAAAAGACAGCCUCAUUCCGUGGUAUACUCGAAGGCACGAGAGCAACGUUCUCUUCCUCACGUACGAGGAGCUACACAAUGACAUCAAGCUGCAGGUGAAGAGGAUUGCCGAGUUCUUAGGUCCCGAUUACGGUCGGCGCGUGUCCAGAGACCCAUCUAUGCUUCAACGCGUGGUCGAAAUGACAUCGAAAGAGCGCAUGCGCCCACUCUUCAAGAACUUUCUCAUGGCCAACAUCGAGCUCGCAGCACAAUACCAGAAACAUAAAAACACGCUCGUUCCCCAAGAGCUGGAGGACACGCUGAAAUUCUUGCAAGACCGUCCACUUAGACACGAGUUUGUGCGUCAAGGCUCUGUCGGGGGCUACAAAAGCUUCCUUUCUGAGAAUCAAAGAAGAACAUUAGAAGAGUGGAUUUCGGCAAGCACGCACGGAAGUGACGUCACGCGUCUUUGGCCCAACGUCACUCUUCCAUAAUGCGCUAAGGGCUUGCCUAAUAGAACAGUAUUUUUGCAAUAAAACAGUGUUG